AUGGCGGCAGAUCGGAUUCCGGGGUCGAGAGAUGAAAUUUCCUCUUGUAACUGUGAUGAAAAACCUUUUAUACAUGUUCACUGCAAGUGCUGGAAUUGCCAGGGAAGGGCAGUGCAUAGGAGUACAGAAUUGCGUCACUGGAGAGAUGUGUGCAUUUCUUCUACAUGUACGUUCUGGAACACAUCACGAUCGUUGCCACAGGAAGAGCAAGAAUCAGUUUGUGGUGCGGAGGACAUGGAUAUUCAGCAGGAAAAUGACGAGUGGAAUGAGUUACCUAGUGUUGUAGGAACUGUUCCAAAUUGUCCGUCAAGAAGUGACUCUUUGGAUUCCAACAGUUGCACUGCUGAGCCUGUGACUGUGACACAAGAAGAAAUUACCAAUCCCCUGAAAAAAAUUGUUGUUAAGGCAGUGCUCAAUGCAAUGGCUAUUAUGGAAGACAGUGGGGUUUCAAUAAAAACAUUUGAAGACAUUCUUGACUACGGAAAAACUAUGCUGCUUACUUCUGUUGAAGAAGACUUUGAUGUGGACAUUCUUAGUGCCUUGUGGCCGAAGAAGUGGAGUGAAGUUCAAACGCUUCUAAAAGAAGAGGGUUUUGAGGAUGUUAAAGAAUAUUACAUUUGCAUUUGCAGAGAGAUUAAAACAUUCACUCGAAGUGGUAAAAGCCACACAAAGUACGAGUACAGCCGCAAAUGGAGCAUCAUGCAAAGCAAGGAUGAGCUUUGUUCUCAUUGUGGUAAGAAAGGAUAUAUUAAGUACUACUAUCUUGGUUUGAAUGCAAAGGUUAAGAACUGGUUUCGGAGUGAGGGCAUGUGC